GUGUGUGUGUGUGUGUGUGUGUGUGUGUGUGUGUGCGUGUGAGAGAUGAGUGCACGUCUGCCCCAUGAUUGCAUCGUUCCGAGGAGACGAAGGGGUCGUCCAUCGGCAUGGUAACUAGCAGUCUUGCUAAUAUCGUCAACGUGACCAGACAGUGCGUGCGUGCGUGUCCCAUCGAUCUUGGAUUUGAGCAUUUGAUGGUGAAUUCCCGAAGGACCAGUCUUCUCACACGCCGCUGCCUGUCAAGAGGAGCGGCGCCUCACUCGCCGCGUUUCCAGCGAGUCGACGCUAACCGCCGCCGAGGCCCGUCAAUCGUUUCGCACGCGAUUUACUCUCAAUCGGUUGGUCUCCACUCCGGUCGCUUCGUACACCCUCCGUCGAUUGGUCACUCACUGUCGACUGGUUGUUCCCCCUUCCGGUCGCUUCAUGCGCCGCCGGUGAUUGGUCACUUGCUCGCGAUGGGUCGGUCUGCGUUUAUCAUUGAUUCUUGAUUGACUGGUCUCUGUUCCGGUCACUCCCCACACCACCGGUGAUCAGUCAGUUUUGUCGUUUUGUCUUGAUUGGUUGGUCUCUGUUCAGAGUUUGUCCCACACAUCGGUUGGUCGCAACGUGCAUCACCAAUGACAGCUCGCUUUUUUUUUUUUUUUUUUUGGCUUACAAAUCAGAACGUGUCCCGAGUGGAUGUCGUGACUCGCGUCCAUCAUGCCGACGUGACUCCGUCUACAGGGAAAUCCUUCGUUUGUUUUGUUGAUGUCAGUCAUCGUGAUUUUCGUCGCCGGCCCCUCCGUGAUCGGCCACCACGCCAGUCAUUGCGAUAUCCCGCAAAAGAUGGCCGCCGGGGCGACUUUGGCUGACGCGACCGCUCCCCAAACACGGAUUUCCUCCCGAGCGGCCGAUCUCUUUCCUGCGCUUUGAUGUGCGGCGGCUCCUUCUGCUCCCCGUCCAGGCAAUCGCGUGCGGCCCGGACGCCGUUUGUUUGCGUGCGUACAAAAGUCGGAUUUGCAUAGAAAUGCAAGCAACGAUCUGCGUUUACGAUUUGUCCCUUCUCGAAUCGAUUUCGAGGUCGUUUCACUUUGUGUUUUUUCCCAUUUUCAGGAGAUGCGGAUGACCGAUUCCGUUCAAAUUUCGUUUGACUUCGCUCGGCAAGAAUUGCCGUUUUUGUUUUCCCCGGACGGACAAUGUUUUGCCAUCCGUCUCCGUGUCGUCCUCUGCUCCAGGGGUCCGGUGGGCACCGGAAUUUGGAGGAUGAGGAAGCGCGGGAGGAAGUGCUCGUCCGACCCGAGAGGCAGAUGGCCGCUCAGGACGUGAGGACCGAGCGAGCGAUUCGGGCAUCAGAGCUGAAGCCUCCGCACGCGUUCCCUCCCGCCGACCGGACUGCCGCUCCGGCUCAUUCUGCGAUGGAUCCGGCGACGGCGGCCCAUCGGCGGCGGCGGCCCGGACAAAGCGCCGCCGGCGGGAAGUCCUCGGUCUUGGCCUGGCUCGCCCUGCUCUCCGUCAUGCGGUUGCCCGCGGCGGCGGGCGACUGCUGGCUGAUCGAGGGCGAGAAGGGCUUCGUGUGGUUGGCCAUCUGCAGCAUGAACCAGCCGCCCUACGAGGCCAUCCCGGCCCACAUCAACAGCACCGUCGUGGAUCUGAGGCUGAACGAGAACAAGAUCCGCUCGGUGCACUACUCUUCGCUCAGCCGCUUCGGCAACCUCACCUACCUCAACCUCACCAAGAACGACAUCGCUUACGUGGAGGACGGAGCCUUCUCGGCGCAGUUCAACCUGCAGGUCCUCCAGAUGGGCUUCAACAAACUUCGGAACCUGACGGAGGGAAUGCUGCGAGGUCUGGGCAAGCUGCAGUACCUUUACCUGCAGGCCAACCUCAUCGAAAGCGUGGCGCCCAACACCUUCUGGGAGUGCCCCGGCAUCGAGAACGUCGACCUCUCCAUGAACAGGAUCCAGGUGCUGGACGGGACUUUGUUCUCCGGCCUCUCCAAGCUGACCACCUGCGAGCUGUACACCAACCCCUUCAACUGCUCCUGCGAGCUUCUGCCCUUCCUGCGCUGGUUCGCCGCCUUCCCCAACCGGACGGGCGACCGCAUGGUCUGCGAGGCCCCUCGCGGCUUCUCCGGCUACAACCUGCUGACGGGCGCCGGCGCGGCGCCGGGCCGGCGCGACGCCUUGCACGUGCUGGGCCUGGUGUGCGGCGAGGACGGCGGCAACUCCACCGGCUUCUUGGCCGAGGGGCCGCCGGACGCCGCCACCGCGCCGCCGCUCGACUUUUCCCCGUGCGGCCUGGACGACUGCGCCUCGGGAACGCCGCCGGACGAGGUCAUCUACCACACCGUCUUCACCGACAUCAAUCCCGUCAUGACGCUGAAGCGGGUGCUGCACUCGAGCGCCGUGAUCACGGUGGAGAUCCCGCACCCGUACCGCAAGAUGUACAUCCUGAUGCUGUACAACAACAGCUUCUUCACCGACAUCGGGACCCUCAAGUACCAGAGGCAGGACGUGGAGCUGACCGACCUGAAAGCCGACACCGACUACACCUACUGCGUGGCCUCCAUCCGCAACUCGCUGCGUUUCAACCACACCUGUCUGACCAUCUCCACGGGCGGCGGGGCCAGGCCGGAGCGGACGGCCAGGCGCUCGUCGGCCACCCGCUACAUCGUGACCGUGCUGGGCUGCCUGUUGGGAAUGCUGCUCUUCCUGGGCCUGGCGGUCCACUGCCUCCGGCGCAGGAGGAUCGCCGAGGAGAAGGAACGCAAGCUGAGCCGCAUCCAGAGGACGCCGAUGGAGCUCGAGUACGGCGACGGAGGCGAGACGGAGAGGCCGCCCCCCGGCGGGGGGGACGCUCCGCCCCGGAUGCCCCAGGUGGACCCUCACCGGCUGCGGGAGGUGGCGGAGACGCCGGCGCGCAAGCCCGCCAAGCUCAGCUACGCGGAGGUGCGAGGCUCCGGCGCCGAGAGGCGGCGAGAGACGUCGCCCCGGGCCGACCCCCGGGGCUCCGUGGCCGAGAUCUCCACCAUCGCCAAGGAAGUGGACAAGGUGAACCAGAUCAUCAACAACUGCAUCGACGCCCUCAAGUCCGAGUCCACGUCCUUCCAGCAGUCCCCUUCCGCGUCGGCCGCCGAGCCGCAGCCGGCGCUCCCCUCCCCGGUCUACAAAGGGGGGCGAGGGGGCCGCGGCUACCGCCGUUCCUCGCAGCGGCACCGUAGCGCGGAGGCCCCCGCCGGCUCCGAGAGGCCCAGCGCCUCCUCGUCCCCGGGCUCCGCCAGGAGUCCCCGUUCUCUCCGCUCGGAGGGGGGCUGCCGCGCCUCGGAGAGCGGCUACGUCGAGAGGGGCUCGCCCGGCGGCGAGGAAGCGGUCCGCACGGUCAACCCGGCGGCGGCCAUCCUGCGAGCCGAGGCCCGGAGGAUCCGGCAGUGCCGCGAGCACCGCCACUCCUACCCGGGCCCCCGAGAACUCGAGCGCCGCCCGCAGGAGCUCCGCUACCACCCGGGCGGACGCCAGCCCUCCGUCCUGGACCCGCUCACCCUCGGCCUGCAGGCCGAGCAGAGGGAGCUGGCGUGCUCCCAGCUGGCCCCCCGCUAUGCCCUGCCCCCCCACUAUCGCAACCUCAGCUACUGCUCCAGCCCAGAAGACGAGGAGGACGAGGAGGAGGACGAGGAGGAGGAAGGAGAAGGGCUCCUGUGCACCCCCGCCCUGGGCCUGUGGGAGCGCUUCAAGCUGCACCGAAAGAGGCACCGGCAGGCGUCGGCCGAGGACGAAGGCUACGUGGCGGCGGGCCACGCGCUGCGCCGCAAAGUCCAGUUCGCCAAGGACGAGGAUCUACACGAUAUUUUGGAUUACUGGAAGGGGGUCUCGGCCCAGCAGAAGGCCUGAGGGGGGCGGGGCACUGUGGAAAACCUGUAAAUACCGAAACACGCAACCCGCAUCGCCGGGAACUGAAGAAUCAAAAAAACAAAAAACAGGAGGAGGAAAUGCUGUUUGACUCAAAACAAAAAGCAGAACUUUGAGAUUCACUUUUUGUUCAAUAUCUAACUAAUAGCUCUCUAAUUGUGUCGAUGUUUUGAGAAUUUGACGAAGAAAAAGUGACCCGGCAGCCCGUCCUGAGUUUUCUUUUUCGGACGGGUUGUCAAGAAGAGACAAGAAGUGGCUCCGUUUCUUUCGAGACAUUUUCCGGGAUUGGACGCAAUUGUCAUUUGCUUCCAGGGCGGGCGGCCAGGCAACGUUAGCGCCCCCUUUCACCCUGCGACGCACUCGCAACUGGCUAGCUGUCCACUGUGUCCGCGGACCCGCAGCAUUUGACUGGCGCGGCGGCAAGUUCGUCGCCGAUCCGCUUUCCUUCUCAUCAUGGAUCGCAUUUGCCUUGAUUUCUACGACCCCCAAAUGCGGCGGCGGGCCGAGGAGUCGCCUGCCGCCACGCCCGCCGUAUAAGUCGUCUCCGGGUUCUCCUCUUGGCUAAAAUGCUUCCCCUUCCCGCGGCCCUCGUUUAUCUUGGCGGUGAUCUCAUCAGGACUGCCGGCUCCUCUUUUCAGCGGAAACGCGACCACCUCAAAUCCGGGAAUAUGCGGCGAGAAGCGCGGGCAUCGGGAAGCGUGGCGGCGAGUCCCGUCCACCGUGCCAAAUACCGCGUGUGACUCCUCGCCAAACUCUUUUCUAGACGCAAUUUCAAGAUUUUCUAAAAAGAUUAUCCUCGUUAUUAUUAAGUCAAAUUCUGGACUCUUAUUCUUAUCUUCUUACUGUUCCUACGAUCCUCCUCAU